AACAAGACCAGAGUGACUUUGGGAGAAUAUUUCACACGCAGACGUGCGCUAAAAGCACAGGUUGGGCUUCCCACCGAUGCCGCAGUCACGAAGAUUCUACUAGACAGGUAAAGAGGAUUUGUGUCCAGAUCCCCAGACAGACCCCUGCAUGCUCUGCUGUUCCAGACAGAAAAACCCGGAACGCCAACCCAGGAAUGUCUUAUCCCACACCGGACGCUCAUCAUACCAAUGCACAGGCGGCCCGCCUGGACCAGAACGAGAGCAAUGGGUCGUUCUCGCCGUCACCCCAAGCUUUGAGGAAACCACCUGGGCAUCUGAAGUUGUCAUGCAGCCUUUCUAAAUCAGACUCCGACCUGCUGGCUUCCCCUCAUUGUGAGGACGACAGGCCUCUGGGUGGCCGGAGCGAAUCCCUGUCCAACUGUGCUGAUGAGAGGAAGGAAACGGAGCAGAUGCCCUCGUUUGCCUCCGAAUGGGACGAGAUUGAAAAGAUCAUGACUCUAAUUGCCGACAUCGAGAUCUCCGAGGCGCAUCGACCUGCAUUGGAAGAUGCAGCCGGGAGCCGUGCGCUGGAGCAGACGGUGGGGGAGUGGCUGGAACACGUGGGCUUUCCUCAGUACGAGAGCAAACUGGUGCUCAAUGGCUUCGAUGACCUGCGCUACAUGGGGAGUAACGUGAUGGAAGAUGAGGACCUUCAUGAACUUGGCAUCACCGACCCAGGUCACAGGAAGAAGAUCCUUCAUGCAGCAAAAAACUUUCCGAAGGUGAAAGCUCUGGGGUGUGACGGCAGCACUUCUCUGUCCUCAUGGCUGGAAAGUUUGGGCCUCGGAGAAUAUCUGCACAACUUCUUGUCUAGCGGCUACCGAACCCUGGACUGUGUGAAGAACCUGUGGGAGCUUGAAAUCGUCAAUGUAUUAAAAAUUGGCCUUCUUGGUCACAGAAAAAGGAUCAUAGCCUCAAUAGCAGAGCGACCAUAUGAGGAAGCACCUUCAAAAUCCAACCGCUUUUCCCAGCUAAAGAUUCAGGACCUGUUGUCUCAGAAUACGUCACCGCUCAGUUAUAUGGACCCGUACACGAGUCGCUCCAUGGACAUGUUGCUUCCGUUGGGAGAAUCAGGCAGAAAGAGCAGAGCAUUGGAUCAGGAUGGCAGUAUCUCGCUUCGCUCCUUCGGUGAAAGGUCACGCUCACAUGACCGUCAUGCAGAUCGUCAAUCACGUCUAAAUAUUCGCCCUUCCAGCCACUCUGCCACAUACACCACGGUCUCCACCUGGCAUCAUCACCCUGAGAAACUUAUCACAGAGUCCUGCAUUUAUGAGGCCAGAUAUUUAGGUUCUGUGAUCAUCCGAGAUCUACGAGGAAUUGAAUCUACACAGGAGGCCUGUGCUAGAAUAAGGAAAUCAAAGGAUCACCGGAAAGGUCCUGUCAUAAUACUGAAUAUCACCUACAAAGGAGUCAAGUUCGUUGACGCAGCCACCAAGGCGCUGGUUGCAGAGCAUGAGAUCCAGAACAUCUCAUGCGCGGCUCAGGAUCCGGAUGACCUGUGCACGUUUGCAUACAUCACGAAAGACCUGAAGUCUGGUUUUCACUUCUGCCAUGUCUUCACUACAGUAGAAGUGACACAGACCUAUGAGAUCAUCCUGACGCUGGGACAAGCUUUUGAGGUAGCGUAUCAUAUGGCUCUCCAGGCACAGAAGUCCCGUCGUCACAGUUCAUAUGCUGGUCCAGUCUCCGAAAACAUAGAAGCCAAGACAAGCAGGCCCACUUCUCAGUCCCGCAACAGUGUGCGCCGCUCCACCGGUGCACCUGUGCUUGAAUGCCGCUGCUGUUACUGUCACACGUGCUCCGCCCACCGCCCCUCCUACCUCCCGCUGCCCUCUAUCAGCCCUGGAGUUCAGAUCGACCCUCAGGACCCGGAAACGGACCUGCAGUCCCUGGGCAGCACCAGUUGGCUCUUCGAACCACGGGACUCCUCCAGACCUUCCAGUAGCACCAACUUACUCCACCUUUCAAGUUUCCGGACACCAAGGUGUGAAUUGAAGGGGAAUCAGGUGAAACUUUAUGUGUGAGUCCAAAUGAGGAAGAAAUUGAGUGAGUAUGCGAGAGAGAAAUAGAAAUACAAAAUUAGCACUUAACUGCCGUACCAAACGGACUGUCCAAAGUUGCUCCUACUGCAAAAAUGAACUUGAAUAAGGACAUUACUCAACUGAUAAACUGAUUUGCUGGUGAUGUGGAAAUGGACGUGACGUAUCAAAUAUUAAAAUAUGAUUCAGCAUGAUAUUCAGUUUGAUAGAAUCUCAUAAAGCAAUGGCAAUUUCACCCCAAAAUCAAAGGAGAGAUUUCGCAUAUAGCAAACGAAGCCUAUUUUUAGGACUUUUCACUGCAAAUCAUCAUGACUGUAAUGCGUAAAAAGUCAAAUGCAACAGAUACAACCAAAAUGUAUACUUAUAUUUUUACUCUACAGAUUUAAUAUUACAUCGUAAUAUCAAUAUUAAUAUAUCUUAAUUUGUUAAAAAGUUGUUGAGGU